AUGCCCAUCUACCCAAAAUGGGUAGGGGCAGACCAUGCUGAUGACCUGCAGUAUGUCUUUGGGAAACCCUUUGCCACCCCCCUGGGCUACCGGCCCAAGCACAGGACUGUCUCACGUGCCAUGAUUGCUUACUGGACCAAUUUUGCCAGGACAGGCGAUCCCAACAAAGGGAAUUCAAAGGUGCCCGUUCACUGGCCACCCUACAGCAAGAAAGGCACUUACUACCUGGAAAUCAACAACAAGAUGAACAAGAACUCCGUGAAGGAGGGUCUGAGGGCCCCCUUUGUGACCUUCUGGAACUCGGUCUAUCAGAAGCUGCCACAAGUUGCCAACAUCUCGAUCUAUGCAGACCCUGCCAAAAGGCUGGAGCUGUAUUUUCGCCCCAAGGACCCUUAUUGCCACCCCGUGUGUGCCAACCGCUUCCCCACCUCCACCCUGCUGCUCAAGGUGAGGAGAAGGACCAAGAAGCAGCAGCAGCAGCACAGGUCAGACACCGAAGGACAAAGCCAGCCAGAAGUCCAGUUUGAGAUGGAAAUUCUUGGGAUUGUCACCACUGUUUACAAAUUUCAAGGAAUGUCUGAUUUCCAGUACCUGGCAAUGCACUCUGGUCCUGAUGGCAAACAAACCUCCAUGUAUGACAAAGUCCUAAUGCUCAAGCCAGAGAAGGAAGAAUUCUUCAAUAGAGAAUUACCUCUCUACAUCCCACCACCAAUUUUCUCACGUCUGGACACUCCUGUUGACUAUUUUUAUCGGCCAGAUAUACAGCACAGGGAGGGAUACAACAACCCCCAGGUGUCUGGUGAGAACCUGAUAGGCCUCAGCAGGGCCCGGCGCCCACACAACGCCAUUUUUGUCAACUUUGAUGAUGAAGAAAUCCCCACUAAACCCUUGGAUGCUGCUGUACAGACCUGGAAGAAAGUGUGCACCAAUCCUGUGGAUAGAAAGGUGGAGGAAGAGCUGAGAAAGCUCUUUGAAGUCCGUCCCAUCUGGUCUCGGAAUGCAGUAAAAGCCAAUAUCAGUGUCCACCCAGACAAGCUGAAGCUCCUGUUGCCAUAUCUGGCCUAUUACAUGUUAACAGGUCCUUGGAGAAGCUUGUGGGUUAGGUUUGGGUAUGAUCCCAGAAAACACCCUGAAGCAAAGAUUUACCAAGUACUGGACUUUCGAAUCCGCUGCGGAAUGAAAUAUGGUUAUGCCCCUAACGAUAUGCCUGUGAAAGCCAAACGCAGCACAUACAACUACAGCCUGCCCAUCACUGUCAAGAAGCCAGUAAGUCAUACAGUCAGUGUACAUGAUCUGAAACAGGGGCUUGGUACAUCCAGUGCAUCUGGUGGGAAAAAGCCUGCCUGCAGCAGGUAUAAGCUGAAGGAAUCCAUCUACGUUUUCCGAGAAGGAGCCUUACCCCCUUAUCGGCAGAUGUUCUACCAGCUCUGUGACCUGAAUGUGGAAAGCCUACAGAAGAUCAUCCAUCGGAACGACGGCGCGGAGUCAGAGUGCACGGAGCGGGACGGGUGGUGCCUUCCAAAGACCAGCGAUGAUCUGCGGGACUCCAUGUCUCUGAUGAUAAAGCAGAUAAUCAGAUCCACGAGACCUGCUCUUUUCUCAAGUACAACAAGCAGUCAAGAUGGAAAAGAGCAGCUGGCAUAUGAGUCUGGAGAGGAUGAAGAUGAUGAAGAGGAGGAGGAAGAGGACUUCAAGCCUUCUGAUGGGAGUGAAAAUGAAAUGGAGACAGAAAUUCUGGACUAUGUGUGA